GUAAGAAUCACAUGUACACCCUGUACUACGCACCAGCCACAGUGAGCAUGGUCGUGCACCACGUCCUUGUGGAACUGGAGGCACAUGGCGUCACCCAUGAACUUCGACUCGUGGAUAUUGAAGCUGGCGCGCACAAAGGCCAGGACUACCUGCGCCUAAACCCGAACGGACUCGUUCCUACCCUAGUCGUGGACGGACUGCAUCCCGUGUAUGAAGCCGCUGCCAUCACCAUGUUUCUCGCAGACCGCCAUCCUGAAGCAAAGUUGGCACCGCCUGCCAAUGACACUUUGGCGCGGUCAACCUACUUGCAAUGGAUGUUCCACCUUGCCAACACAUUGCAACCGGCAUUCCGACUGUGGUUUUACCCCAAAGAUCUCCCCCAUGUCGAUCAUGAAGCAGUCAAACGGUCCGUUCAGGCCCAAAUUGAAGCCGUGUGGGAUCGUGUGGACUCGCACCUUGCCGCAACGAGCUCCCCAUACAUGCUCGGGGACGACGUGUCGGCCUUGGACCUCUACCUCAUGAUGCUUAUCCGGGGUAGUCGAAACAUGCCCAAGCCGGCGACAGCGUGGCCUCGGCUUGAAGUGCUGGCAAACCGCAUCAAGAUCCGACCAAGCUGGAAGGUGAUGAACGAUGCGGAAGGACUCACCGACUGGGUUUGAUAAUCUUUGCGCCAAUUUCAAAACGAGCCUUGUCGUCAGUGAUUGGAUAAAAUGCAUUAAAUCAACCAAUCUAGAAUCGUUCUGGAA